AUGGGGUUUAAAAACGUAGCAGUUGCCGUUUUCCUAUUCAUGCUGGUUAAUGUGUACUCCAGAAAAAUUGAAAGACGUAGUGCCCCAGGAGACAAAAAGAAUGAAGCUGCAGCUGGUUUAAAAAGAUGUUUUUGUGCAUCACCACCAUGUGGCAUGUGUUCCGCUCAAUCUUUUCCUGCUCCACCUCCUGUUCCUCCUCCUCCUCCUCCACCUCCCUCUCCAAUUGUUUUACCUCCCACUGUUAUACAAAUACCUUUCCCACCAUCUUAUUCCCCGUGUGGACCUUCUUCUCCUCUACCUCAAAUGCCAUGUGGCGCUUCAGCUCCAGCAACAGCGCCGUGCAGUAGUAUGUCUUCAAACCCAGCAUAUUCAUGCAUUGGAGCAAAUAGUAUGUAUCCUUCAAGCGGAGCAUCAGUAAUACCAGGACCUCCUGGUCCAAUGGGAAUGCCAGGUACACCUGGAAUGCCAGGCGCACCAGGCCCAGUUGGUCCAAUGGGUCCAAUGGGACCUAUGGGGCCACCUGGAAUGCCUGCACCACCAGAACCGCCAUGUGCUCCCAUUUGCCUGCAUUUUCAAGCAAUUAUAACAAAAAUGCCUCGACCAAAUAUGGCAGCUGCUCAACCAGCUCAACAAAGCUACCAAGGAUGCCCGACACAAUGCGUCCAGACAAAUUGCUGUGGACCUGCUCAACCUCCACCACCACCGCCACCACCACCUCCUAUGCCAUGUGGAUUUCCUCCAGCUCCACCUUGCUUUGCUUUCUCUCCUGCUGCCUGUUCUCCAUCGUGUGCUCCUGCUUGUUGCGGUCGUUAG